AUGGCACUGAACAAGGAAGCACUCACACACUCCUUUCCUUUUUACACGAUCUCUAUGAGAACAUCUUCCGUGCUUGUUACUGCUUUUCUGGUUGGAGGGCAACCAUAGAAACGGUAUAUGGUCAUUUAGCAUCUGAGAACUAAAAAAAAAAAUCCUUAGUCUGGCAGCUCACAAGAUGUCCAGAUCAAAUUUAACUUGCUGGAAAUCAAAGUCUGCAGCUGCAAACCGAGACCGACUGCUGUUGGAAUUGGAGUGAUCCAUUUCAUACUGGCCUCAGGUGGUAGCUGUUGGUUCAACUAAAUAUAGCUAAUUUAUCAUCUACUACAUAAGAACAAACUCAACUGUCUACCAUAGACAGAACAGAAACAAGUUGAUGAAGUCAUUUAGAAUGUAUACAGUGCAGAUAGAAAUUGCCUAGACUUCAUAGCACAGGAACUGGAAGUCUUACUGGAAUAUACAUUUAGGAGGUACAAGACAUUCAGAGUAAAGAAGCUUGCAUCUUCAGUUUCACAUUGACAGAAACAAAACAAAACAAUAGAGACUUAAAAAAAUUGGAAGUAAACAACUAAAAAUACCAGUCUCUACAGGAUUAACUAACAAAGACUGUAAUAAAAAUCAUAGCAAAGGAAAGUACUUCUGAAUUCAUCUUAAGUACUAUGACAGUCACUUCUAAGUGGUUCAAAGUCUGGAAAGGCUUGGAGGCUGGGAACAGAUCGAUUUUAUUUCCAAGGAAAUUAUCACUAGUCCCAGCUAGGUCAUAAGACUGGAGUAAAUUAAUUUCAGUAACUGAACUGGUAGCAAGAUACCUAUAGGAAAGUAUACAUCAUUUUGGCAAGUGAAUAAGCUGCAAGACUUAAAACUGUAGCUGUGAAAACUGAUUCUUCUCUUCAGUUAAAAAAAACAAGAUGAACAGAUCACCAAGUUAUGAAAUAAGGAACAAAUAAAGGAGUAUUGUGGUAUGGGUGAGAGAACUAACAUGGAUUUCAGUCAGUACCAGGAUCCCUCUGCAAUGAGGCGGAUAGCAUACGAGAGCCUGCCUAGACCCCAUAUGAUGCCACUGCUGAUGCCGUACGAACAGCAGUUGGAGGGACUGGGGAAGAACAACGAACAGGCUGACAGGAUUUUGGAGAUGAUGCGAAUGCAGAUUCGGAUGAAAGAGCUAGAUCAGCAGUUUGCUCUGGAGAAGAUGAAAAUGGAACAGGAGAAGAUGAAGAUGGAACAGGAGAAGAUGAGAAUGGAGCAGGAGAAGAUAAAGAUGAAAGUAGAGCAAGAAAAACUGAAGACAGAACAGGAGAAGAUGAAGAUCAACAUGGAACAAGAGAAGAUGAAAACAGAGCAAGAGAGAUUAAAAACAGAACAGGAAAGGAUGAAAACAGAACAAGAGAAGAUGAGGAUGGUCUUGGAACGAGAGCGAGAGCGAGACCAGUUUGAACUGGAACGCUUGAGAAUGGAAUAUGAAAUGCAGAGAAUAAAGUCCAAGGUUAUGUUGUCUCCGGGCAUCCAGUCAUCUUUCGAGAAUUACAGAGAACUUCCUGUGUGCAGCUCUACAAGCAGAGAUGAGCCUAUCGGUCAACAGCAUUCAGUAAAUGGAGUUCAGGAGAGCCUGGGGAUUUCAAGUCACAGUGCAUCUGAGACAGAGCUGCAACAAUUCAUGCAUGAAGACGUCUACGAUCGGAGAAGGGAGCAGCGAGAUUGGGGAGUUCAGGGACUGAAGAAUGUGUGUAUUAAAGUGGAGCCAUACUAUGCUGAAGAAAAUGCAGUACAGAAACAUGAGGAUUCUGGAUCCUGUCAGAGGAUAAAGCAGAGAGAAAGGAGUUGGGCUGAGCCUUGGGUUAAUCAAAACAUAACAGACAGUGACAGAACUAGCAUUUAUAGUGGAAGCAGUGAAUAUUUGGUAGCUAAAAAGAUUGCUGAAAUGCACACAGAAGCCAAUGAGAACCUGACAGAUGGAAAUGUAACAGCAGUAUGCAUUGGUUCUAGUGACUACAUUAUAGAUGGACAUGCCUCUGAAAAUGGUCCUGAGAACAAAGAAUGCAUAACAAGCAGAGAGAUAAGUGGAAUCAACACUGUGUUUGGGGAGUACAUGACUGAUAACUCCAUUAGUGAGAAUUCACAGUGGGGUGAUCAUGUGACUUUGGAGAGGCAUAAUGAACACCAGACAUAUAAGGAAGAUAUAAGGAAAAACAUAUACCAGCUCGACAGAAGCAGUGAAGUUUUCACUGAAGGCAAGGCUGAUCAGAAGGCUUUUGCAGAUAGAGCAUUGACUGGAAUGGAGGAUGUUGAGUGCCUUCUUAUAGGAGAAGACAUACGUAGUGGUCAAGAGGACAACAGUACAGCCCUGCCUUACAGCAGCAUCGAAGUCUGUGUUGAAGACUCUGCCAAUGAAGAUGAUGCCAAGUCUGAAACAGAUUAUAGAAGUGCUGGAGCUAACAGAAGCCUAAGUCAGCAGUCUUUUAUAUGGAAACAGCAGCAAAAUCAAAUGACGGAGAAACCUCAUCAGUGCUUGGGCUGUGGAAAGAGGUUCCAUUUUCUUCAUCAUCUUAAUGUACAUCAGAUGAUUCAUCAUGAAGGAAAGCCAUUUAAGUGUACUGAAUGUGAAAGGAGUUUUAGUCAGUUAAAUAAACUACGGGCUCAUCAGUGGAUUCAUUCUGGAGAGAAGCCAUAUAAGUGUACUCAGUGUGACAGAAGUUUCCAUCUUUUAAAUAAAUUAAAAACUCAUCUGCAGAUCCAUACAGGAGAAAGACCUCAUAAAUGUACAGUGUGCUCAAAAACCUUUCGUCGUCAUGAUCACCUCACAGUUCACAUGCGUACUCACACAGGUGAGAAACUCUACAAGUGCAGUGAAUGUGAGAGGAGUUUUGCACAUAUGCACAAUCUUACAGUACACUUUCGCAUUCACACAGGAGAGAGGCCAUAUAAAUGCAAUGAAUGCAAGAAAUCCUUCCGUCGCCAAGAGCAGCUUAGGGUACACCUACGCAUACAUACAGGAGAAAGGCCAUACAAAUGUGUUGAAUGCGAGUCCAGCUUUAGUGACAGGAGUACUUUCCGAAAGCAUCAAAGGAUCCACACAGGAGAGAAACCCUAUAAAUGUGUCGAUUGUGAGUCUUCCUUUAGUGAUCCAAGUGCAUUCAGAAAACACCAAAGGAUCCACACUGGGGAAAAACCGUACAAGUGUACUGAAUGUGAAGCGAGCUUUACAGAUCGCAGUACUUUUAGAAGACAUCAAAUGAUCCAUGCAGGAGAAUUCCCAGUUGAUCAACCUUAUCCUUAAGACAGAUGGUGAUGUAGCGUGAGUGAAUAAUGGAAGAACUACAAUUUCUGUUUGUGUAUCACAAAAAUACAGACAGUGUAGUUAAUUAUGAGUCUGUGCCAGAAGAUUGCUUGAACAGAUUAUCGAAAACAAGAAGAUCAAAUCUUGGAAAGUCAAACUGGCUUCUUUGGAGGCUGGGAUCAUAAAAAGCAGUGGCUUUGCCCUUUCCCCAAUGGUUAACAAUGUUAAAAUUGUUAUAUAUAAUAAGUGGGGGUGUGGGGGAGUAGAGGCCCCAACAUGGCGGGGUGCAGGGAAGCUUGCCUCCCUGCAGAAACACUUUUUGUGGUGAUGACUUCCAGAGGAUCUGGUUAUUUGAUCUUCUGACAUAGAUUUGUUAAUUACUGCUGUAACUUUAUAAUCCCAUGGGACCAUAUUAUGGCAUAUUGUAAGCUAGUGUAUAAAACACAAUUAUAGAAAAUAAUUUUACACUGCAUCUGCAGACUUCUAGCUUUUGAAGUGUUUCUACAUGGACAGUUGAUAACAGAUUUGUUUUCUGUGUUAAGGCAUUGAAACAGAUAUGUAACAAGGAUAAAGGCACACAGUUUCUUUAGUUCAAAGUAAAGAGGAGUAACUGCUGGGUGCAAGCAAAAUUAUACCAGUGCAUUUUGCAAGUAGUGUUCAUGUAAAAAAAUGACAAGAAAAAUGCUUUUCUAAAAUUUCUCAAAUCUUAAGAUAACUUUGUGUAGAUUUUUCUAGCUUUCAGUGAAUAUUCAUUACAGUGAUGUUAGAUGAAAACUUCUAGCCACUACUCUGAGGGAUCUUUACCUGCACUUAGCCACUUAAUAUUAACAAUUUAUACAAGAGUCUACAUCAAAAAAGCAUACAACCCCCAAAUAGCUUGUCUGUCUUACGUUCAUCAAUGGUUUGAAAAUGUAGUUGUCAUCAUCUAAAUAAAGAACAGUCAGAAAUCUGAAGGCCAUAUCUUAUGCUAUUUUUAUGGAUGCUUGAAUUGGUCAUUAUUUUAAAAGCUUAAUCUGCUCAAGAAAACUAGACUGUACAAGAAGAACCUCAUAUAUGGUGAAAAGGAGAGGGUGUGUCUUAGAAGAAAUAAACCAUGAAAUUAUGUACAUCUUCAAAAGUGACAAAUGGACAUCAGUUAUGCACAUACAGUGAUACAAUCUGCCUGAUACUUAACUCAUCCAUCUAAUGUUUGUUAUGAAAACUGUCAGGAAUACAUGACGGAAAAUAUCAAGACUCCCCAAACUUUCACAAAGUCCUAAUGUUUGAAAGUGAAUGCAGCCUAAUAGAGACACUAAUAUGCAGGAUAUAAAAGAACAUUCCUUUAAGCAUAAAGAUAAAUAAGUGCAAAUAGUUGUACAAAGUAUUAAUGUAUGAUGUGUGUGUCCUAAAAUAAAAAAUGUGGUAUUGGUCUUCCAAA